AUGGGCCUGAGCCCCGACCCCACACGCCACAGCUCGGGGCCGGGCCUGAGCCCGGAGGCGGGGAGGAAGGGCCGGCUCUGCCCCGCGAAGUUCCCCAGGUUCGGGCCCAAACGGACCCCAAGAACGGCAGAAGCAUCCCCGGGCUCUCAGGCGCUGGUCCAGUUCUCGCCCAAGCAGGGCCCGUCGGAGGAGGGGGAGAAGCCGGGAGUCAACGCGGAGGCCACGCCCAGCCAGAGGAGAACAGAGACCAGCUUGGCUCUGAGGUCUGAGAGCUCGGGCCAGUUAACGAAGCCAGCGGCCGAGGGCAAACUGAGACCGAGACCUGGGGACCUGAUCGAGAUCUUCCGAAUCGGCUACGAGCACUGGGCCAUCUGCGUGGAGGGCGACCGUGUGGUCCACCUGGCGCCCCCGAGGGAGGAAUUCCUGGCCGGCAGCAUCACCUCCAUCUUCAGCAACCGGGCGGUGGUCAAGUGCAGCCGGCUGGAGGACGUGCUGCACGGCUGCUCCUGGAAGGUCAACAACAAGCUGGACGGGACGUACCUGCCGCUGCCCGUGGACAAGAUCCUCCAGCGCACACGCAACAUGAUCAACAAGAUCGUGCAGUACAGCCUGAUCGACGGGAACUGCGAGCACUUCGUCAACGACCUCCGAUAUGGCGUGCCCCGGAGCCAGCAGGUGGAGGAGGUCCUGGUGCAGGGGGCGAAGGCGGCGGGAGCCAUGCUCUCGGCCGUGGUGGAGAGCAUCCGGCCCAAAGCAGUCACCGCCGGGAGCGACUGA